GACUGGCAGCGAAAGCUUUGCCGGACAGCAAGGUUGUCGCUGAAGGGGCAACAAUCCCAACAGCAAAUUUUGGUGUUCCUCAGGGAAGCACUUCACCAUUUUGGGUUACAAUGAAAACGUAUCCCUUUUUGUUCCCUACCACAUCUCCUUGGUUUGUCAUCCCAGAUUUUGUGACGGUCCGGCUGACAAAAAAACAGAAAAACCGUCCUCCAGGCUCUGUGUUCCCCCACAUUAUGCUGACCGGUUUGCCAGAAGGGAACUACAGACACGAGGAUGUCGCCAAGCUGGUGUGGCACCAUUUCCCUGUUCAUAAUCUUCAUACUCUGUACUACAAGAUCAUCGUUUUAUCACUGCAGAGGAGGGCCUUCGUGUACUUCAGUGACUGGAAUGCCUGUACCAAUUUUGUUCAACUGCACAGGAAAAAUCCUAUUUCUGUCGGAGGUCAGAUACUCAAUAUCCACUUCGUGUUACAGGACAUGCGUCCUGGAUCCAGUGAGGAGGUCAUGUACAGAAAUCUGAUGAAAUGGAGCAAUAUUCAUGUUCCAGAUUCAGAGGCUCUGGAGGAGCGGCUGAUCUGUGUGGAGAUCUCUGAGACAUCUGUUGACCUCAUCAUGAUGGUCAUGCAAGUGGUGGCAUUCAGUGGUUCUUUUGUCAGAUUCUUGCCACUUGCUAACAGGAUUUACAUUGAGAUGGCAGAAUCUAGUCUUGUAACAGAGGUGUUGGAGAAGAUUGCUUCAAAUGAACAUUUAUCUACGAAUGUAAUUUGGAAAAAAGUUCGACGUAUUGAAACUUUGAAGAGCCUAAAACAGCGUCUGCAAGACUCCAGUGAGAUUAAAGUAAAUCUUGAACUGGACACCACAGAUCUUGAGUUCCCGACUGUGAUAAGUGUACCACAGUCUUCUCUUUCUGAUAAAGGAGCGCAAACUCUUCAGCAAACAAGUACCUCUGGUUCUGCUCAACCAGCAGUAUCAGUUAGUUCCAACAUUUCUAAGUCUCUCACAGCAGGACAAAGUGCAACAAGUGACCAAGAAAUGGAAGAAGCCAGUGAUAAACCAGGAACUGAGAUCACUAUAACAUCCACUGUUGCUCUUCAGGUGAGUCAGGAUGUAGAGAAGGUGGAAGGGAGGGUAGGGGAAGAAGGGUCACCAGUAAUUUCAGUCACCUCUGCUGAUGGAAGAACUUUUUCAGCUGCUUCUACCCCUGCUCCUCCAGUCACAAGUCUGACAAAGUCUAAGGAAACGAUCAAAGAACUUCCUUAUAUUAAUGCUGACGAGCCCAUAUUGAUUCAGGGAACCAAGACACAGACUGUGGAUAAAAUGAGCCCCAGCAAGAGAGAAACAACCUCUAGAAGUGACUUGGAUAAAGAGAAAAUGGAAGAAAAGCAGACCUGCGGAGUGGAAAUAGAAAACCAAAGCCUGGUUGUGUCGACCACUACAAAACAGAUCUCAACAAGGCCCUUAAACGACUCCACGAGCAGCUCAUCUCCUAGUGUCAUCCAGAUCUCUGUCUCUUCUUCUCUACAAUCUAUUGAAACUCCUCCCUUCCCUUGCCAAACAGCACAGCCAGAAAAUCCAGAGUCUCCAGAGAUAGCCUUACAUUCUCCAUCCUUCAGCUGUAAGCCUUCUUCAUCAACGAUUGCAUCAACAGCAGCAGCAGCAGAUGUGACAGUAGAGAUAUAUCAGCUUCAUAGAGAUGAAGCAAAACCCAAAGAAAGUGCAGUAGGGAAGUCUGGUAAAGUGUUAGCAGAGGGCAUUACUACAGAGACAAAUAGAACAGAAACCUCAUUAGCUAUACAUUCAGCUGCACAUAGUCAGGGGUUAGAGUUGACAAGCCAAAAACCGAAUCUAGAAAUUGAUUUUAACAAUGGCAUACUCAAAGAGUCGAAGGAGAGGACAGAAGAAGAAUGCAGAAAUGAUUAUUCUGGCAAGUAUCCUGAGGAGGAGGACUUUGAAGAUUACCAAAUCCUAGACUCGAUUGAGGAUCAAUUGGAUGAACAGAUGAAUGAAGACGGAAGCCAAGAUGACACUGAAACCAAUUUAUCUGGGUGUGUACAAGAGCCAGGCAACUCUUACCAGGUGAUGGAUAGUGUUACCGAGGACCAAGCAUCUGUAGUUAAAGAGGACUCUCAAGAAGAUGCCACUGAUAAGGAUGUGUUAGAUUCAAGAACGAACCAAAGUCCAAGGAUCAAGGGAGCUCGAACGACAAUACAAACACAAGGAGAAAUGCAGAGGUCUUUUAAAGCCCCCGAAAAUUUGGGCCAAAUCCUAAAUGUUGAAGAACAAGUCAACAAAGACAUGUCAUGCGAUGCAGCUUGUGCUAAACAAGAAACCUUUGAGAUAUUGGAUUCAAUUGAUGAUAACACUGAUGACCAUGUUUCUUCAGAAACACAUAUUUUUGAUGAGCUAAAUUUCAGUUUAGAGGACUUUGUCACUGUUGAUGAAAUUGGUGACAACACGGGAGAAGCAGCCUUCAGCCACCAAAGCCUCUCUUCUCAUAAGCAGAACUCUGAAAGGAAAAGAGAAAGGCAAAGCUCUCACAUUGCCUCCUCUUCUUCCUCACCCAUGCCAACUCACAUCACAGUGAAAGGAAAUUUGUCUUCUAAUGUCUUUAAGACCUCUACCUCCUCAUCUUCUCAGUCUUUUGAAACCUGUAGGAAAACACACCCAAGCAAGUUUAAGUACUCAGCCAGAGCACUGCAUACUUCAUCCUCAGAUUGCAGGGCGCAUUCAUUAAAGAUGGCAUCAGCAGCAGCAGCUAAGACAUCGGUUGACACAUAUAAGCUGCACAAAGAAACAAGUUCUGUUGAGUCAGAGUCAAGGCAGUCACCUGGACCUGAGAAAGGCCAUAGACUGCAUAAGUUGGACAGUCAAGUCAUGGAGAGCAAUACAGAUGCAGUUAAAACCUGUUCAAAGGAAUGGAGUGAAAUCGGAUUGGAUGAUUCUGUCCAACUAUUACAUGGGGUUUCUAAACACCAAGUAGCUACCAAUCAAGAGGAUGAUUGCCUGGUUGAAAAUGAAGACUCAGCAGAGAAAAGGGAGGUUGAGGAAAACAAGAUUCAGAUAAUGGAAAAUUCUGAUAAAUCUACAGUUCUAGAUGCAGCUGAUAAAAUUCAAAUGUCAAUUACAAGUAGCAACCAAAACCCAAGAGGCCAAACAGAAGAUAGAAGAAGAAAAGAAAAGGAAGAAUUGUUUUCUGAAGAAUCCUGCAAAGCGUCCAAAGAUGCUGACAACAGAGACAUGAACGAUUAUUCAUCAGAUAGUUCUGAUCAUGAAACCUUUGCGAUAUUAGAUUCAACUGAUGAUCAUACUGAUGACCAUGCCUCAUCAAACACCAACCUUUUUGAUGAGCCAAAUUUCAACUUGGAGGACUUUGUCACUGUUGAUGAAAUUGUUGAUGAUGUGGAAGAUAUGGCCUUAGACCACCCAAGCACUGCUUCAUCUGAGCAGAACUCUAGAAUGAAAAGUGAAAGGCAAGGUUCAAAUGUUUCAUCUCCUGUAAAGCAGACUUCUACAAGAUCCCCGAAAGACUCCAAGAGCUCAGCAACUUAUUCUUCUUUCUCACAUUCCUUAUCCAAGUCAAUGAAAGCCACUGCAAGGAGCAGUUUGUGUAUGGCUAUGGAAACUCCUGCCUCCUCUGUGGAAAAAGCAGCAUCAAGUAACCCAAAAUCUCCAGCCAGAGCAUUGCAAGUUUUGUAUUCAGGUUUUAGGACCUGUGCAUCAAAAGCAGCUCUAAGUGGAGUUGAGACUUGUCAGCCAAAUGAAGAACAAGCAAAACCAACAGAGAGUUUAGUGGUAAAAUCUGACCACAAAAUUUCAGCCAAUGGCAUUGCUUUGAAAAUUGUUGAGUCAAAGUCAAGCCAGUCAUCUGCUCUUGAGCAAGGCCAGGCAUUCUUUGGAGGUGGCUAUAAGGUCUUGGACAGUAUUGAAGAUGAAAGUCCUGAGGAGUUUAGUGAAAUGGAAAUGGAUGCGCCUUUCAAAGCACUAGACAGUGUAACUGAAAACCAAACAGCAACAGUUCAAGAGGCCACUCAAACAGUUAAAGAUGAAGGUUCCACAUUGAUGCAGCUGUCCAAGGAGCAUGUCAUUCAAGUAGAUAAUUCUGAUAAAUCUGUUGCUGAAGAUUCGGCUGAGAGAAACGAAGUGCUGGACACAAGUAAGAAUCAAGCUUCAAGGAGCAGGGGCGAUGGAAGGUGGGGGAAAGAAAAAGAACAACAGAUGCUUUCAGGAGAAACCUGCAAAGACUCUGGCCAAAUGACAAAUGUUAAACAUCAAAGCAUCAAAGAAGCUUCACCAGAUAGUACUGAAGAAGAAGGCUUUGAGGCACUGGACUCUGCUAAUGAUCACGUCGAUGACCAAGUCUUUUCAGAUACCACCCUUUUUGAUGAGCAAAAUUUUAACUUGGAGAAUUUUGUCACUGUUGAUGAGAUUUUCGAUGACUCUGGGGAGGACCAAAGCACAGAUGUGUUAUCCUCUGCCGAACAAACCUCAUUAAAAUCCUUGAAAGGUUUCAAGAUUUCUUUGUCACCUUCCUCAUCUAAGACAAGGAAAUCCACUUUGAAAAGCAGGUUGUCUUCUAAUGUCAAAACGAUCUCUUUACAGUUAAAUGAAACUCCUGCUUUGCCUGAUCAGAAAAGGAAGUUGAGCAAGGCAAAGUCUCCAGCCAGAGCAUCUUAUUCUUCAUCCUCAGGUUGUAGGACUCAUUUGUCAAAGCUGUCAUUGACAGCACUAGUUGAGGCAACAAUAGAGACUUGUCAGCUUCAUAGAGAAGAAGCAAACCCUACAGAAAGUGUACCUGUACAGUCUGACCACAAAGUUUCAAUAAAAGGCAUUGCUGGGAAAACUAUUGAGUCGGAGAUAAGUCAGACACCUGGACCUGAGCAAGGCCAAGAAUUACAUGAAGGAGGCUUUCAGGUCUUGGACAGUGUUAAUGAUGAUGACGCAUGUUUAAAGGAGUGCAGUGAAAUUGGAUUGGAUGCUUCUCGCAAAGUGCUAGACAAUGAUAUCAGAGACCAAAUAACUACAGUUCAAGAGCCCAAUCCUUUGGCCAAAAAUGAAAGUUUUACAGUAAAGCAGCUGUCUGAAGAUUUGAUUCUGGUAGUGGACAUUUGUGACAAAAAUGCAGCAGAGAGCAGGGGAGAUGGAAGCAAGGGGAAAGAUGAAAUAACGCUUUUGGAGGAAUCAUCUAAAGCCUCCAAAGAUGCUGGCUUAAUUGCAGAAGGUAAAAAACAGCCUUUUGAAGAGGGAGACAACACUGUAAAAGAGGGUACUAAACAACAAACCUUUGAGAUACUGGAUUCAACUGAUAGUCAUAAUGAUGAUUCUAUUUCUUCAGACGCUCAGCUUUUUGAUGAGCAGAAUUUUGAGAGUUUUGUCACUGUUGAUGAAAUUGAGGAUGUGGAUGACAACCAAGGCACCUUCUCAUCUGAGCAGAACUCCAGAAAGAAAAGAAAAAGACAAAACUCAGAUGUUUCAUCUUCUGCCAAGAAGAUCUCAACAAGAUCCUUGAAAGAGUCUAAGAACUCAGCUGCUUUAUCUUCCGAAUCCAAGCCCACUGAAGCUUCAGAGAAAAGCACCCUGUCUUUAGGCUUGACCACUGACUCACCAAAAAAACAAAAAGGCUCAUCUGAACCAACCAAAUUCAAUACCACAUCUAUGCAAUCUGCUCAGGCCUCUAAGACCCCUUUAUUCUCUUCUUCGCUGCCUGUCGAAAUUCAUGCAUCGCCUUUUCACAGAGCACAGCCACACAAGACAGAAUCUCCAGCCAGAAGACCACACACUGUAUCCUCAGGCCACAAGACCCAUUUGUCAGAGAUGGCAUCAACAUCAGAUAUUGAGGCAUCUGUAAAGAUUCAAUAUUCUAAUGAAUCAGAGAAAAAAAACACAGAGUGUGCAACAGCAAAGUCUGACCACAACGUGUCAGGAGAGGGCAUUGCGGCAGGGGAUUAUGUCGGAAAAUGUAUUGAGGAGGAGGAGGAGGAAGAUGGUGAAACUUACCAAGUCAUUGAUUCAGUUGAUGAUCAAACAGAAGAACAGCUGGAUGACGAUGGAAAUCAAGAUGGCUGUGCUAAAACCAAGUAUCCAGGACCUAAACAAAGCCACACAUUGCAUGGGGAAGGUUAUCAGAUUUUAGACGAUAUAAAAUCCACAAUCCGAAAUGAAAUAAAACAGUACAUUGAAUGUCAAGACAUCCAAAACACUUCAACAGAUGCUACUGAAGCAUUUGAGAUACUGGAUUCAGUUGAUGAUCUGACUGAAAUAGAAGAUGAUAACCAAAAAUUUGAAACCCUCGGCACCCAAGUAUCUAAAGAAGCCACAGAAGAAGAGGAAGAAGCUUACCAGGUAAUUGAUUCUGUGGAAGAUGAGCCAGCAACCACAGAGACCAAAUUGGAGGCAGACAACAAGGAAAAAAGAACAGAUAAAUCCAAUGAACCUAAAAGAGAUGAUAGACCAACAAGGAGGAGUGGAUCAAGGUCCAGAACAUCUAAAAGUGAAGAGGAGGGGAAAUUACCAAUAAAAGAGGACAAGAUGGUGAAAAAAUAUGAGACAAGAACAAAGAAAAGCAAUACAGAAAAAGACAGAAAUAUUCUCAAGGACACUGAAAAGAUCAUUCAUGGGAAAGUAAAUUUUGAUAAAGAUGAACCAAUUCAAGAUGCUUUUACUGCAGAAAGGUCUGGUAGUAGAAGGUCUGCUAGAGGAUACAAAAAGGACAAACUGACAUACACAGAACAAUCUGAAAAGCCAGAAGCAGUAGAGACUGACAACAGCAAUUCAGCCAUUACAGAACAAUCUACCAGUGGGAGAAAGGAAAGAACGGCUAAAGAAGUCCCAACAAAAGACAAGACUACAGCAAGAAGGAGAACCACAUGGGCUGUACAUUCCCAGAAAUGGGAUCCUGAGAAAAAUACAGAAAAUGAAGAGACAACGCUACCAACCGAGAAGACACCAACAACAAAGAGUGAUGCCUUGAUAAAAGACUUAAGGGAAGACUCUACCUACGAAAUACACCCUGUGGAAGAUGAUGAUGUUAGGAAUAAUCGACCUGCAACUUCAGAAAACACAAGGUUGGAAAGACCAAGGAAAUAUAUUGAGAAAACUUUUUUGGAUGACACAUCUGAGCUAGUGACUCUUGAUGAGGUGGGGGCAGAUGAGGGUGGAGAGAAAGGUUUUUUGGAGGGAGAAGAGUGGAAUAGGGAGAUUACGGAGGAUGAGCUGCAGGAGUUUGUCACAUUGGAUGAGAUUGGUGAAGAAGAGGAGGGACAUGAGGUCUGCCCACUCAACCCAGAUAGCCAGUCAGUGAAGUCCUUAAACCAAGAGACUUUGUCAAAUGUGAAUGAAGCAGUGGAUGAUGAGAAUGAGAAGGGUGUCAAAAAGGAGACUCAGAAAAUCUCAAGAUCUAAUAAACGCAAAUGUGAUGACAAUGCAGUGAGAAAAUCUGUUAGAGGGAAAAAAGGGGACGCAACACACGAGAGAGAAGAUGCAGAAACAGAAUCACUGCCUGCCGCUUCACUCGAGUCCUCGUCACUGGACAAAAACGUAUCUGUACUGUCAAGUGACGACAAACCAGACAGCCAAAAAACAGAGGAGAAACCAGAGAGCCAGCCCGAUGUUGAUGCUGCCUCUGCUGGGCAACAGCAACAGCCUGAGUGUCUUGAUAAUCAGACACAGGGAGGACCGAGCAGGAGUGACGUUAAAGCUUUCCGUAAACGAAGGAGAGCACUUAUUGAACCCAAAGCAAAGCGAUCUUGUUCUCAGUCUCCUCGCAUCACAGACAACUUGGAUGCUGAUGCGUCCCUUGGUGAUGAGCAUGUUGUCCAAAAAAUGGGGCUUUUCUGUAACCUCUGCUCCAUUUUCUACCUGGAUGAGCAAAAUGCUAAGGACCUCCACUGCAGAAGCCAGAAACACCAGGAAAACCUAAAGAAACAUCAACAGAAUCUUCGACGGAGGCCUUCAAGAAUGUCGAUGAGAAAUUCUCAAGGCUCUGUUAAGGAUGAAUAUAACUAGAUUUUUUUUGUGUUCUUUCCCUUUUUUAUGAGAAGUGCAAACAAAACCACGUGUCGUUGAGAUUUGGUGGCGAGUGGCUCAAGUUCGUGGACAAGUUUAAAAUGUAAACUUUCAUGUGAGUAAUUAGCACUCAUGAACAUAUUCUUAUAAGAAAAAUAACUAAGAGCUUUCUUUCCUCUGGUUGCAGAAGGGUUUCAGUUGUAUAGAAGUUGGUAGGAAGUCUGCUUGUUUCAGGUAAUUCUAACAAAAACAUGACAUUUGUUUACUAAAUGUUGGUUAUUUUCAAGAGGGAGAUAGGAGGAUUACCCACAUUUCACUCUUUAGCUAACCAGAUGCACGUUUACAGUUGCGUGCUCCACUUGUUUAAGUCAUGUGAAACAGAAAGGAUGUCAGUUUUCAGCUUCAUGUACUUUGCUGCUGUUAGAGAGAAGCAUGUUGUGUAGAUUUAUGCAAAGCUAAUAUACUUUUUUUCCUCUUUCAGUGAGAGAGAGUAUAACUAUAUUUUUUCUAUGAUUGGUUUUCCGUAUGUCAAAGCUGUUAACUAUGUUAUGGUCACCCUGUAAAUCUUCAUGCACAUCAGUGAUGUUUAAAUGCAACAUUUUCUCCCUGCAAGUCACUACAGAAAUAUCUGUACACAUUUCCUGUGUAACCUCGGGGAAAAUAAAACACUUCCUGUUUUUUCAGCUUUAGACAUUUCUGUCAUUUAUUCGAUUCUGCUCCUUCUAUUGUUAAAUGUUUUUCACAAAGAUAUCGUACACAUGAAUGAAUUCUUAAAUACUGUAGUAGUUAUUAAAAUAGUAUAUAGGAUUUGUGUAGCCAUAAAUAUUUAUCUUAACUUUUAAUUGUAUUAAUACUGUAUUACAUCUGAAUUUAAUAUCAUUAAACACACAAUCAAAC